GAUUUUAAAAAAACUUUACGGAAAAAGCAAACCAUGCAAUAAUCUGAGACGGCGCUCAGAAUAAUAGUCGCAUAGCCGCCAUGUUGGAGUCAACUAUAACCAUAAAUAGAAAGUCUCCCGAUCUUCAUCAGAAUGCCAGGAAUCCCGGGUCCACAAUAAAUGCUUGAUUUGUUCGAUAAUGUCUAUUAUUUAUGUGCAAUUAGCUACUUUUGUUAGCGCGUUUGGUACCCCUAUCCAAACGCUGGAGCUGGUUGACAGUUUCUUCGGACAAAAACUUAAAAAAAAAAGUUAUAUUACAGAUCGAAGAAACAUUUCAAACUAAGUACAGAAUCAAUCAUCAGGAUGUUUUUAAUAAAGUUCCAACCGGAGAAUUCCUUUGUGUCUAGAGGAGGAACGGAACGCAGGAAGAGAUCAUGUGCUUUGCGCGUGAGCUGGAACUGGCUCUCUGCCAGUAGUCUGAUGCAUUCUGUUCUUAUUCAGCCCCACAACACAGCAGAAGCCUCAUUCAAAUUUCUAAAGACGGUUGACAUCUUCAUUCAUAUCUAACAGGGAUUUCAAAAGGGAAUGGUUUGAAAAUAUACCAGCCUCAGAUUUCUCACUUCCUGUUUGGGAUUCCUUCUCGGGUUUUUGCCUGCCAUAUGAGUUCUAUUAUACUCACAGACAUCAUUCAAACAGUUUUAGAAACUUCAGAGUGUUUUCUAUCCAAUACUAAUAUUAAUAUGUAUAUAUUAGCAACUGGGACUGAGGAGCCAUUUACUUUACUCCGUGCACCUUUCAUCAGCUACUCAAUAGUGCCCCUGCAGCCAAGUCCAACACCAAAUUAAAGAUACACAUCUUGUUAAUCGACCCAUCGUGUCCGAUUUCAAAAAUGCUUUACAGCUAAAGCACAACAUAUGAUUACGUUAGAUCACCGCCAAGUCAAAAAAACACAGCCAUUUUUCCAGCCAAAGAUAGGAGUCACAAAAAAGCAGAAAUAUAGACAAAAAAGAAUCACUAACCUUUGAUGAUCUUCAUCAGAUGACACUCAUAGGACACCAUGUUACACGAUAUAUGAAUGUUUUGUUCGAUAAUGUGCACAUUUAUAUGCAAAACUCUCAGUUUACAUUGGCGCCUUACGUGCAGUAGUUUUUUAUAAUAAACAUUGAUAAAAGGUACAAGUGUUAUUCACAGAGUUAAAGAUAGACUUCUCCUUAAUGCAACCGCUGUGUCAGAUUUUCUUUUUUUUUAAUUUACGGAAAAAUCAUAAUCUGAGAACGGCGCUCAGAACCCAAAACAGCCAGAGGAAUAUCCGCCAUUUUGGAGUCAACAAAGUUAGAAAUAACACCAUAAAUAUUCACUUACAUUUGAUGAUCUUCAUCAGAAGGCACUCCUAGGAAUCCCAGUUCGACAAUACAUUACUGAUUUGUUGUAUGUCAAAAUAGCCACUUGUUAGCGUGUUCAGCCCAGUAAUCCAUCUUCAUGAGGCGCUUCGUCCAGACAAAAACUCGAUAAGUUCCGUUACAGUCCUUUAGAAACAUGUCAAACGAUUUAUGGAAUCAAUCUUUAGUAUGUUUUUAACAUGAAACAUCAAUAAUGCUCCAACCGGAGAAUUCCUUUGUCUUCAGAAAGCACUGGAAUGAGAGGUAACUCUGUCGGGAGCGCCCGUCAUGAGACCGGGGCACUCUGCCAGACCAUUGACUCAAAGAGGUCUUAUGAGCUUUCGUUUUCUAAAGACGGUUGACAUCUAGUGGAAGCCGUAGGAAGUGCAACUUAAUCCAUAACAUAUCUCAAUGUGUAUUCAGUAGGCCAAGCUUUUGAAAAACUACAAACCUCAGAUGUCCCACUUCCUGGUUGGAUUUUUCUCAGGUUUUCGCCUGCCAUAUGAGUUCUGUUAUACUCACAGACAUCAUUCAAAUAUUUUUAGAAACCUCAGAGUGUUUUCUAUCCAAUACUAAUAAUAAUAUGCAUAUUUUAGCAUCUGGGCAUCUGGGACAGAGUAGGAGGCAGUUUACUCUGGGCACGCUAUUCAUCCAAAAGUGAAAAUGCUGCCCCCUAUCACAAACAGAAGAAGGCUAGAAGGCUGCUAGCUGUACGUAGUACCACAAACGAUGGACAGUGGACACAGCUCAGAAGGAGACGAGACCAUAAAGAGACUGGAUUCGUAAAAUAACUUGUAAACUGGAUUCGUAAACUGGAUUCGUAAAAUAACUCGUAGACUGGAUUCUUCCAAUAAAAGGGAAUUGGGAACGACGCCCCAAAAGCCGAAUACAUCCACGGUGGUAUCCAGAUAGAUGUAGUAGAUGGUACGAUACACGUCAAAUACCUUCCAGAGGUGAAGAUAGGAAAAUGAACCGAGCGUUUUGUCACGUACGCCGUUGAUGGGUGCAGUGAAAAUGUGUUGUUUUACGGGGUCAACCGUAGAUGGUACGAUACACGUCAAAUACCUUCCUUCUUUCUUUCUAUACCGUGAUAUAGUUAAGCCAUAUCGCCCUACUUUGAUACUCAUCAAAGUCACCAAAGGAUGCAAUCUGCAGUCCAAGUGGAUUCCAGACCGUGGUCAGCGCAUCAGGAUGCAGUCUACAGUCCAAGUGGAUUCCAGACCGUGGUCAGCGCAUCGGGAUGCAAUCUACAGUCCAAGUGGAUUCCAGACCGUGGUCAGCGCAUCGGGAUGCAAUCUGCAGUCCAAGUGGAUUCCAGACCGUGGUCAGCGCAUCGGGAUGCAAUCUGCAGUCCCAAGUGGAUUCCAGACCGUGGUCAGCGGAUCGGGAUGCAAUCUACAGUCCAAGUGGAUUCCAGACUGUGGUCAGCGCAUCGGGAUGCAAUCUACAGUCCAAGUGGAUUCCAGACCGUGGUCAGCGCAUCGGGAUGCAAUCUACAGUCCAAGUGGAUUCCAGACCGUGGUCAGCGCAUUGGGACACCAUCUACAGUCCAAGUGGAUUCCAGACCGUGGUCAGCGCAUUGGGACACCAUCUACAGUCCAAGUGGAUUCCAGACCGUGGUCAGCGCAUCGGGAUGCAAUCUACAGUCCAAGUGGAUUCCAGACCGUGGUCAGCGCAUCGGGAUGCAAUCUGCAGUCCAAGUGGAUUCCAGACCGUGGUCAGCGCAUCGGGAUGCAAUCUACAGUCCAAGUGGAUUCCAGACCGUGGUCAGCGCAUCAGGAUGCAGUCUACAGUCCAAGUGGAUUCCAGACCGUGGUCAGCGCAUCGGGAUGCAAUCUACAGUCCAAGUGGAUUCCAGACCGUGGUCAGCGCAUCGGGAUGCAAUCUGCAGUCCAAGUGGAUUCCAGACCGUGGUCAGCGCAUCGGGAUGCAAUCUGCAGUCCCAAGUGGAUUCCAGACCGUGGUCAGCGGAUCGGGAUGCAAUCUACAGUCCAAGUGGAUUCCAGACUGUGGUCAGCGCAUCGGGAUACAAUCUACAGUCCAAGUGGAUUCCAGACCGUGGUCAGCGCAUCGGGAUGCAAUCUACAGUCCAAGUGGAUUCCAGACCGUGGUCAGCGCAUUGGGACACCAUCUACAGUCCAAGUGGAUUCCAGACCGUGGUCAGCGCAUUGGGACACCAUCUACAGUCCAAGUGGAUUCCAGACCGUGGUCAGCGCAUCGGGAUGCAAUCUACAGUCCAAGUGGAUUCCAGACCGUGGUCAGCGCAUCGGGAUGCAAUCUGCAGUCCAAGUGGAUUCCAGACCGUGGUCAGCGCAUCAGGAUGCAAUCUACAGUCCAAGUGGAUUCCAGACCGUGGUCAGCGCAUCAGGAUGCAAUCUACAGUCCAAGUGGAUUCCAGACCGUGGUCGGCCAUCGGCCCGGACGCCAGUUAAACGCUGGAUUGGAAUAUGCGCUAAACAGCUUUAUUGCACAAAGACACGUAGAAGAAUUAGAAAGCUUGUUCAGGGACAGAACGACAGAUUUGUACCUUGUCAGCUCAGGGAUUCGAACUUGCAACCUUUUGGUUACUAGCCCAAAGUUCUAACCACUAGGCUACCCUGCCGCCCCAUUAUAGUCCACCUGUGGUAAAUUGAUUGGACAUGAUUUGGACAGGCACACACCAGUCUAUAUAAGGUCCCACAGUUGACAGUGCAUGUCAGAGCAAAAACCAAGCAAAAACAUUUCUGCAGCAUUGAAGGUCCACAAAAUUCUUAAAUGGAAGGUUGGAACCACCAAGACUCUUCCUUGAGCUGGUCGCCCGGUCAAACUGAGCAAUCGGGAGGUGACCAAGAACCUGAUGGUCACUCUGACAGAGCUCUAGAGUUCCUCUGUGGAGAUGGGAGAACCUUCCAGAAGGACAACCAUCUCUGCCCCACUCCACCAAUCAGGCCUUUAUGGUAGAGUGGCCAGACGGAAUCCACUCGAUGAAAGGCACAUGGCAGCCUGCUUGGAGAUUGCCAAAAGGCACCUAAAAACUCUCAGACCAUGAGAAACAAGAUUCUCUGGUCUGAUGAAACCAAUAUUCAACUCUUUGUCCUUAAUGCCAAGAGUAACGUCUGGAGGAAACCUGGCACCAUCCCUACAGUGAAACAUGGUGGUGGCAGCAUCAUGCUGUGGGGAUGUUUUUAAGUGGCAGGGACUGUGAGACUAGUCAGGAUCGAGGCAAAGAUGAACGGAGCAAAGUACCGAGAGAUCCUUGAUGAAAACCUGCUCCAGAGCGCUCAGGACCUCACAGUGGGGCGAAGUUUCACCUUCCAAAAGGAUAAAGACUCUAAGCACACAGCCAGACAAGACAGGGGUGGCUUCGGGACAAGUCUCUGAAUGUCCUUGAGUGGACCAGCCAGAGCCCCGACUUGAACCUGAUCAAACAUCUCUGGAGAGACCUGAAAAUGGCUGUGCAGCGACGCUCCCCAUCCAACCAGACAGAGUUUGAGAGGAUCUGCAGAGAAGAAAUGGAGAAACUCCCCAAAAUACAGGUGUGCCAAGCUUGUAGCUUCAUACCCAAGAAGACUCUAGGAUUGUAAUCGCUGCCAAAGAUCUAUUUUGAGAUGGAAUCGUCGUCGGUGGCGAUGACCGUGUGUCUUCAUUUCCAGAAGUCCCCCAGUGUAGUUCAGAACAAC